UCCCAACACAAAUCAUGAUCAUAUUAUGGUAUGAGAUGGUCACAUAGCUCGCAACAACAAUGUGCUCUCAUCUUGCGCUCCCUCCUCCGACGAUGCGCACGCGCCGCCGCCCUCCGCCCCGGCGAGCAACUCCACGCCGCCGCCACCGUCGCGGGCCUCCUCUCCUCCCCCUCCCACUUCCUCCUUAACGCCCUCCUCCACCUCUAUGCCUCCUGCACCCUCCCCUCCCACGCGCGCAAACUGUUCGACAAAAUUCCCCACUCGCACAAGGACUCCGUGGACUACACCGCCCUUAUCCGCUGCUCUCACCCCCUCGAUUCCCUCCGUUUCUUCCUCCAAAUGCGCCAACGUGCCCUCCCCGUCGACGGAGUAGCCCUAAUUUGCGCCCUCGGCGCGUGUGCCAGGCUCGGGGACACCAACCUUGUGCCUCAAAUGCACGUGGGUGUGGUGAAGCUUGGGUUUUCGGGGCACACCAAGGUUUGCAAUGCGGUGAUGGAUGGUUAUGUCAAGUGUGGGCUUGUGGGUGAGGCUAGAAGGGUGUUUGAAGAGAUUGAGGAACCUAGUGUGGUGUCUUGGACUGUGGUUUUGGAAGGUGUGGUGAAAUGGGAGGGUGUGGAGAGUGGGAGAGUGGUGUUUGAUGAAAUGCCUGAGAGAAAUGAGGUUGCUUGGACUGUUUUGAUAAAGGGGUAUGUUGAGAGUGGGCUUACAAAAGAGGCUUUUCUGCUUCUUAAAGAGAUGGUUUUUGGUGACCAAAGAGGGUUGAGUGUAGCGGAAGACGUUAGUCCUCUACAGGGUGAAUCAAGGUUUAAAUUCCCGCAAAACGAAGUACCUACAUUUAGUGCUCGACGGUUUCUCGAACAGAAAGAUAUGGUUUUUGGUAAUCAACUGGAGUUAGGUCUAAUGGAAAGGGCUAGUCCUUUCCAACAUAGUGAACUAAGGUUCGAAUCUCCAUAUGAAGAGGUGUCCACAUUUAGUACCCACCAGGAUCUUGAACAGAAACGUUUUCAAAGGACAACAUAUGUAGGGAACCAAAAAGAGAAAGAUACUGUUUUUGAUUGUGGGUUUGGGUUUGGGUUGAAUAAUGUUACUUUGUGUUCUGUUUUGUCUGCUUGUUCUCAGUCUGGGGAUUUGAGUGUGGGAAGGUGGGUUCAUUGUUAUGCUGUUAAGGCUGUGGGGUGGGAUUUGGGUGUCAUGGUGGGGACAAGUUUGGUUGAUAUGUAUGCCAAAUGUGGGAGGAUAAUGACUGCUUUGAUGGUGUUUAGGCACAUGCCAAGGAGGAAUGUGGUGGCAUGGAAUGCCAUGCUUAGUGGGUUGGCUAUGCAUGGGAUGGGGAAGCUUGUAGUGGAUAUGUUUGGUUGCAUGGUGGAAGAGGUGAAGCCUGAUGCUGUGACUUUCAUGGCUCUGUUAAGUGCUUGCAGCCAUUCGGGUCUAGUUGAACAGGGUUGGCAGUAUUUUCAUGAUCUUCAAUCUGUUUAUGGAGUGAGGCCAGAAAUAGAGCAUUAUGCUUGCACGGUGGAUCUUCUAGGUCGAGCUGGACGCUUAGAAGAAGCUGAGGUUUUGGUGAGGAAAAUGCCAAUUCCUCCAAAUGAAGUUGUUUUAGGGUCCCUUUUGGGUGCUUCUUAUGCACAUGGUAAGUUGAGGCUGGGGGAGAAGAUUAUGAGAGAGUUGAUUCAGAUGGAUCCCCUCAACACCGAAUAUCAUAUCCUGCUCUCCAACAUGUAUGCAUUGUGUGGAAAGGUAGACCAGGCAAAUUCCCUUAGGAAGGUUCUUAAGAAUAGGGGUAUCAGAAAGGUGCCAGGAAUGAGUUCCAUAUAUGUUGAUGGCCAACUUCAUAAGUUCAUUGCUGGGGAUAAGUCACACCCAAGAACUGCAGAUAUUUACAUGAAGCUUGAUGACAUUAUUUGCAAGCUGAGGCUGGCUGGCUAUGUUCCCAACACAAAUUGUCAAGUUUUGUUUGGUUGUUCCAAUGGGGAUGACUGCAUGGAAGCAUUGGAAGAGGCAGAACAAGUGCUGUUCACUCAUAGUGAGAAGCUAGCACUUUGUUUUGGCCUAAUGAGCACAACACCCGGUUCUUCCCUGUGUAUUUUCAAGAACUUGAGGAUAUGCCAGGACUGUCAUUCUGCAAUUAAGAUUGCUUCUGGUAUAUACAAACGUGAAAUUGUUGUCCGAGAUCGUUAUCGUUUUCAUAGUUUUAAGCAUGGUUCUUGUUCUUGCUCUGACUAUUGGUGAAUAACCUUUUAACCUGAUAGACACUGUUUGGAAGAGGAAAUUGAUUAGGACUAAAAGUAUAUUAUUUUUGUACAACACUUUCUCCAAUAAUAUUUUUUCUUCUUCUUUAUCUUCAUUACUUAAA